CCCCAACUCCCUUUCUUCCUUUCCUUUCCUUCUGAUUUCUCCGUCUCCCAUUUUUACCGGCGGCCGCAUGGCCUCUCCUGCUCGCGCCGCCCAUUUUCCUUCAUAGCUCCAUCCUCUUUUGGGGCAUUUGUAGUUUCUCUCAUUCUUCUUCUCAACAAGUAACCAACAGGUCAGUCUUCCUUCUCCUCGCAGUUCUUACUGUCAUGUAUAACUUGUUUCGCAGAAUCAUUCUACUUAGAUCUCCAUUGUCAGUCUUUUCUCACGGAUUUUCCGAAAGUCCGUUGAAAUCUCUCAGAUUCUUAUCGACCUCUUCUGAGAUUGCAUCAUCUCCGAAAUCUGCUUCGUUGGCUUCGAAUAUUGUUCAGCUCAAGAACAAGCGGAAGGCUGUACUUGCGUUUUUUGGGAAUCAUGGAUUCUCUGAAUCACAAAUCUCUGAUCUUGUUAAGAAGGUCCCUCUAAUUCUUUCUGCUAACCCCGAGACCCUAUUUCCCAUAUUGUUGUUUUUUCAAUCUAAAGGUCUUUCUUCCCCCACGAUAACCAAAUUAGUAUGUUCUGCUCCUCAAGUUUUAAAUCGAAGUUUAAACCAAGAAAUUAUUCCAGUCUUUGAUUACGUUCAAGCCAUGCUUGGAACUGUGGAGAAGACUGUCGCUACCAUAAAACGCUUUCCGUUUAUUCUCGGUUGGAAUCCUCGAAUUUCAGUUGGUCCCAAUAUUGAACUUUUGAAACAAAUUGGAGUGCCGGAUUCAAAUAUUUUAAAAUAUCUUCAGUACCAGCCUAGAGUGUUCUUAAUAAGUUCCAUCCGAUUCAAGGAGAUUGUAGAGAGAGUUACGGAAAUGGGAUUCAACCCUCAACGAUUGCAGUUUCUCGUUGCUGUUUUUGCUCUGCGAUCAAUGACCAAAUCUACAUGGGAUAAGAAGGUUGAAGUUUAUAGGAAAUGGGGAUUGUCUGAAGAAGAGAUCCGUUUAGCUUUUAGAAAGCAUCCAGGGUGUAUGGUAUUGUCUGAGGAUAAUAUUAAUGAUACAAUGGAUUUUUUUGUCAACAAAAUGGAAUGCGAAUCAUCUUCUGUUGCCAGAAGACCAACUUUAUUUGCAUUUAGUUUGAAGAAGAGGAUUUUGCCUAGAGGCUUUGUUUAUCAAGUUUUGCUGUCAAAGGGUUUGAUUAAAAAACAUAAGAAUAAUUUUUCGUUGUUUGAGUAUCCUGAAAAGCGCUUCAUAGAAAAAAUCAUAAACCGUCGUAAGGAGAAGAUUCCUGGAUUGUUGGAGUUGUAUGAACAGAAAUUAAUGGAUUCUAGAAGAUGAACAGGUUCCAUCUCCUUGAAAUUUUAAUAUUAACCUGUUUUGUUGAUUGGUAUUUCUGGACAACUAAAAUUUAUGGAUCAGACUUUGGUAUCUUUCUCUC